AUGGGUUUCCCUUUACGCUUCUUAUCAUCACUGUCGUUGUCCCUCUUGGCCCUCCUCCUCCACCGGGCCACGGUGACAAGUGGGUGUUUCAGCAUGGAGAGGGAGGCACUGUUGGACUUCAAAGCCGGCAUCCACGACACCCAUAACCGGCUAUCUUCUUGGGUAGGCCAAGACUGCUGCGCAUGGGAGGGGGUCAUCUGUGGUGCCACCACUGGCCACGUCGUCAUGCUCGACCUCCGGAAUACGUUUGAUCGGGCAUUACGCGGUGAGAGGAUGAUGAACUCGUCAUUGCUUGCUUUAUCUCAUUUGAAGCACUUGGAUCUUAGCGUCAAUGAUUUCAGGAGAAUCCGCAUACCGGAAUUCAUCGGCUCCUUCAAGAAACUGAGAUACCUCAAUCUAUCUUCUACAUAUUUCAUGGGAGGAAUACCUGCUCGGCUGGGGAACCUUUCGAGCCUCUACGUUCUUGAUCUAAGCGAUGCUUUAGAUUUUGCAUACCAUAUUGGUUCUCAUCCGUGA